CGGGGCGUCCACAGCAUCUUUUCCCUUGCUGGAGAAUGCAGAUGGGGUGUCGUCGGGGUGCGGGGCGGGGGGAAUGCAGCAGGGUAGGCGACGGUCCGGUGUAGCGACGGUCUUUCCUACUUCUCAACGAACCCUUAGCAUGCUCAACUCUUUCAAAAGAAAGAGCAGCCUCCAAACUCGGAAAAUCAUGAUGUCCCCGUCUUGCAUUCUGGGAAAAGUCACUGCAACGGGUUAAACGAAGAGAGGCGCGAAUCUCAGAGAGAGACCGGAGAAAGAGAGCGGUCCCAGAAAACGUCACUUCCGGGUCCUCCAUCCCGCCCACCUCCCGCUCCGGGCAAAGAGUCGUUUGCUUUUUCCGACGGGCUGCCCGCCUUAGCCGCUUCCUCCAAGGAUCCAGAGCGUAAGGAACUGUCUUCACUUCCCUUAAAGAAAGAAGAGAGAAGCUUCGCAGGGAGAAGCUGACUUUCAACGUAAAUUAUAUGCUUGCCCGUAGACUACAAUUACUUCUACCACCAUGAGCAAAGACUCCUGGGCCUUGGAUGUCUAAGCAGUGGUCAUCUCGCACUCUUCUUGCCCUGGCAAAGUAGCAUUAGAGCAAGGAGACAUUUUGGCUGUGUUGAGAGCUUCAUUUGCACACAGAAAGAAAAUGGAUUUGCAAAGUCCAGCCACUAAUAAACCCAGGAAUGAAGAAGAAAAGGGCCCUCCAGUCAUCCAGCCUGGUAGUGAUGGAGAAUGCUGGGAAGAUGCCAUGCAAAGGGUCCUGGGAGGAGAGAACACCCGCUCAGAUGUCUGGCGCCAGAGAUUCAGGCAGUUCUGCUACCAGGAGGGAAAAGCCCCCCGAGAGAUUUGUAGCCAACUCCACAGUCUUUGCUAUCAGUGGCUGAAGCCAGAAAAGCUCACAAAAGCUCAGAUCCUGGACCUGGUGAUCCUGGAGCAGUUCCUGACCAUCCUGCCCCCAGAGAUGGAGAGCUGGGUAAGAGAAUGUGGAGCGGACACCAGUUCCCAGGUUGUGGCCCUGGCAGAAGGUUUCCUCCUGAGCCAGGCAGACGCUAAGAAGGAAGAAGAGCAGCAGACACGGGAGAUGUUAGCCAAAGUGGUCCCCGAUCUCCCGAUGAAGGAGCCUUUUCUGUCUGACACCAGGCAGAGGCCGCUGUUCAGGUGGAUUGUGCAGGAGGAGGAGGAGGAGGAUGGCGGUAUCACCUCUCUAGGUAGUGGAAUGAAACUGGCAACUCCUAGGCCUUCUCUUCUUGGUGACAGUGUGGAAACAGUUGCUGUGCAAUCACCGGAUCAGGGUCCAGUGACCUUGAAGGAGGUGUCUGUGUGUUUCUCCAAAGAGGAGUGGGCUCUGCUGGAUCCAGCCCAAAGGGCUCUGCACGAAGAAGUCAUGGUGGAGAUUACUGGGCACCUGGCUUGGUUGGGAAGACUUUCGGCUCUCAGAUGUGACCUCACCUCCUGGCUGAAAGAAGAUGAUCCAUUUCUGGAGGUUUCCAAAAGAGGAGAGAGAUCAUCAGAUGAUAUAAAGGAGAAAGAGAAGGAGGACGAACUACAGAUAAAGAGAACUGAAAUAAAACAGGAGAGGAGGAGAAAGACCUCUGCUUCUGAAGGGACAGACUUGGAGGCAGUUUCAGCCCCGGAAGAAUAUCAUAGAGGAGAAAGAAGGAGAGAGAGAUCUCUACAUGUAAAGAUCUUAUCUGGUCAAUCACAUAUUAGCAGACAGCACAGAAUCCAUACAGGAGAGAAACCAUAUACAUGCUCAAAGUGUGGAAAGAACUUCAAACGCAGAGAAAGCCUUCCUAGACAUCAAAGAGUCCACACUGGAGAGAAACCAUAUCAUUGCUCAGAGUGUGGCAAGAGCUUCGUCCAAAGAUCAGGACUGACUGUCCAUCAGAGAAGCCACACAGGAGAGAAACCGUAUGCAUGUUUAGAAUGUGGCAAGAGCUUCAGUCGCAGCUAUAACCUUACUUCCCAUCAAAGAAUCCACACAGGAGAGAAACCAUAUCAAUGUUUGGAGUGUGGAAAGAGAUUCAGUCGCAAAAAUAAGCUCAAUUCCCACCAAAAGGUCCACACAGGAGAAAAAGCAUAUAAAUGUUUAGAAUGUGGAAAAGGUUUCGGUGACUGUGAUAAGCUAGCUUCCCAUCGAAGAGUCCACACAGGAGGGAAACCAUAUACAUGCUUAGAAUGUGGAAAGACUUUCAACCGUAGCUAUAACCUUACUUCCCAUCAAAGAAUCCACACAGGAGAGAAACCCUAUCAAUGCAUGGAGUGUGGAAAGAGAUUCAGUCGCAAAAAUAAGCUCACUUCCCACCAAAGAAUCCACACAGGAGAAAAAGCAUAUAAAUGUUCAGAAUGUGGAAAAUGUUUUAGUGACUGCCAUAAGCUAGCUUCACAUCAAAAAGUCCACAGGAAACUAUAUGCAUGUUUAGAAUGUGGCAAAAGCUUCAGUCAUAGCUAUCACCUUAUUUCCCAUGAAAGAAUCCACAGGGGAGAGCAAGUAUAUAUAUGCUCAGAAUGUGGAAAGAGUUUCAACCGUAGAUAUAACCUUAUUUCUCAUCAAAGAAUCCACACAGGCGAGAAACCCUAUCAAUGCAUGGAGUGUGGAAAGAGUUUUAGUCGCAAAAAUAAGCUCAAUUCCCACCAAAGAGUCCACACUGGAGAAAAAGCAUAUAAGUGUUUAAAAUGUGGAAAGAGUUUCAGUGACAGUGAUAACCUAGCUUCUCAUCGAAGAGUCCACACAGGAGGGAAACCAUUUACAUGCUUAGAAUGUGGAAAGAGCUUCAAUCGUAGCUAUAACCUUACCUCCCAUCAAAGAAUCCACACUGGAGAGAAACCGUACACAUGCCUGGAGUGUGGAAAGAGCUUCAGUCACAGUACAAACCUUAUAUCGCACCAAAGAACCCACACAGGACAGAAGCCCUUUAAGUGCUCAGAAUGUGGAAAGAGCUUCAGUCACAACACAAGCCUUGCUUACCAUCAAACAAUCCACACAAGAGAGAAAUCAUACUCCUGCUCAGAGAAUAGAAAAGGCUUCAGUGACAAGGCUGAAGUUGUUCUCCCUCAAAGAAUCAAUCCAGCAGAGAAACCAUAUACAUGUUCAGACUGUGGAAAGUGCUUUAGUCGCAGUGAUAAGCUUUCUUGCCAUCGAAGAAUCCAUACAGGAGAGAAACCAUAUCAGUGCUUGGAGUGUGGGAAGAGCUUCAGGCAGAGCACAAACCUUACAUUGCAUCAAAGAGUCCACACAGGAAGUAAACCAUAUAAUUGCUCAGAGUGUGGAAAGUGCUUCAGUCAGAGCACACACCUUGUAUUACAUCAAAGGAUCCAUGCAGGAGAGAAGCCAUUUACAUGCUCAGAGUAUGGGGAAAGCUCCAGUAAGAAAGCUGUUGUGACCUUACCGUAUGCAGAACCUGAGACCUCCUCCUCGGAGCAGAUGCCAGUCCUUGCAGGAGUCAGUGGCACCAACCAAGAUCCCGUGGGGACCAUAGCCCUUGAGGCGAGAGCUAGAACCUUCCCUCCUGUAGAGUUUUCUCUCAAGGAGCCUCGGAUCUUGGUUGAUCUAGCACCACCCCCCUCAGGAUCCCUGGCCCUGCUCAAGGCACUACUCUAUGGGUCCCAACCUUAGGAGAGUUGCCAGGUCAAAGGCGGAGUCCGGUACGGCUGGAGCAGAUUGUGCCAGAAUGCACAAGGCCUCCCUCCCCUCCGGUCUGCUCUGGAGAAACAGGAAGCAAGCUACGGUGCAGAGCUUAGAUUGGGAUCCAGUUAGAUCCACAAAGGAGUGGAGUUUCCUGUUCUCCUUACAGGCUCCUCAGUGUCAGCUGGGCACUUGCUGGUGCAACAGCCCUACUCUGAGAGCUUGUUCAGAGCCAGCUCCCCAGACUCUUGCCCUAGCUCAGGGCUGGGCAAGCUUGACCCUCCAGCAGUAGUUGAACAAUUUAUUGUGGCUGGGGAUGAUGUGAGUUCAACAACAGCUGGAGGGCCAAGUUUGCCCACCCCUGCCCUAGGCUCCACCUCAGUUCCCUUCUCUUGUCCCUCAUCCCAGUCUUUUCUUCCACCCGGCUAUCAAACUCAGACCUGUUUUCCCUUUGCCCAAAACACUGUGCUGCUUCAUACUCAUGGAGAUGAGACAGAAAAGAAUAAUUGGGGAGUGGGGCAACCUUUGGAUAAAGGGGUGAGACGCAAUCACUGGGAGAACAGACUAAAAUCUUUGUGACUUUAGAGUAGGAAAGAGGAUGACUGUGGGAAGACAGGUGAGAUGGUAGUAAAAGUUAUGAAUGGUGUACAGAAAGAGGAGUUUUUCUUUCUCCUGUAUAACAGUUGAUUUCAUUCUCCUCCUCCUCCUCCUAUGAAAUGGUUAGUGGUUGGUUACCUGUUUAAUGAUAAUAUAAUAUAAUAUUUAAUAAUGUAGAUGACGAUAAAGGAUUUGAAGUUA